CAAACCCCAAUUUCGUAUGCCCCAAGACACUGCUAUUGUACUCUCUCUCUCUCUCUCUCUCUCUCUCUCUCUCUCUUUCUCUACCAGAUCUUCGACCCAAAUCAACUUCACAUCGCCAUUCACAGUGAGCUUUUGAAGCAUUGAAGUCGUGCAAUAUUGCAAAAUGUCUCAGGCAGCAGUAGAUGUUCCGAUGAAGGGCGGGUUUAACUUCGACCAUUGUAGAAGGAACGAGAUGCUCUCCAACAAAGGGUUCAAACCUCCGUCUUUUCUCAAAACAGGAACUACUAUUGUCGGCUUAAUUUUUGAGGAUGGGGUUAUCCUUGGUGCGGAUACAAGAGCUACUGAAGGGCCCAUUGUUGCUGAUAAGAAUUGUGAGAAAAUCCACUAUAUGGCACCCAAUAUUUAUUGCUGUGGAGCAGGGACUGCUGCUGAUACGGAGGCAGUGACAGAUAUGGUUAGUUCUCAGUUGCAGCUACACCGGUAUCAUACUAGUCGGGAAUCAAGGGUUGUGACAGCUCUAAGUCUUUUGAAGUCUCAUCUUUUUAGCUACCAAGGUCAUGUUUCAGCUGCUUUGGUGCUUGGUGGAGUUGAUGUCACUGGGCCACAUUUGCAUACUAUCUACCCACAUGGAUCAACAGACACAUUACCAUUUGCAACUAUGGGUUCUGGUUCCCUUGCUGCUAUGGCUGUUUUUGAAUCGAAGUACCGUGAAGGGCUGACUAGGGAUGAAGGAGUAAAGUUGGUGACCGAGGCUAUUUGCUCUGGCAUAUUCAAUGACUUGGGAAGUGGAAGCAAUGUAGAUGUUUGCGUAAUUACCAAGGGGCAGACAGAGUACCUGAGAAACCUCCAGUCACCAAAUCCCCGUACCUACACCAAUGAAAAAGGCUAUACAUUCUCAAAGAAGACUGAGGUCCUGUUGACAAAGAUUACACCACUGAAAGAAAUGGUGGAAGUAAUUGAAGGAGGUGGUGAUGCAAUGGAAGAAUGAGCUACUGUGGUUGACUAUUUUGUAUUGAGUUCUACAUACUUGUGUCACUAUUUAGUUUCAUACUGUAUCAGUUGUCAAGUUAAACUAAGUUGUUUUCUUUCUACAAUUAACAUCGCAGUUUAGUUCCUUUUUAUGUUACUUGCGGUCUUGAGGUAACAUGGAAUCUUGGUGUGCCAAAUGGUCUUUUGUGCAUUUUCGGCUUAUGCAGUACUCAAUACUAUGCAAUCCAAUACUUGAUGUUGGGAACAGGAAUAAUAUAUGAUGCGUUUUUUACUCUUUAA